CUUUUUUGUGAGUGCGCUGUCUGUUGCUAGGAAACGAAAGCUCUUGUAUAUGCCUCCGCUUGGGUUAAGCUUUUGGGCUACUCUGUUUUUAUAGGUGGUUCACCGUCCGAAACCUAAAUUAUUGGUGUGAUCCACUGUUAACAGUAAGAUUAUUGCAUAUCGUGUUAGUUAUCCCACCCAUGUCUACUUGUACGCAGCAUUAUUAAUUCUCAAAUGGACGUCGUCAGAAGUAGUCUGGAUGAUAUUUCAAGACCUGCAUCUAUUUCAAGGAUACGGUCCGGGAGUCGUGCUUUAUCUGCUAUUUCAUUUGACAGACAAAGGGCAAACGUGACAAUUAUGGGAUCCUUGGUAGUUUUGACUCCCGAACCGCAAAUACCACAAGAGCAGUGUGACACACUUGAUGUGAGCUCCUGCACUUCUGACUCCCCAUCUGAGUCUUCCGAAGCAGUGGCGUGUAAGGCUGACCAUAGCAGGGAUCGGGAACAAGAGAAAAACAGUUUGGAAUCUUCAGAAAGUUAUGACGUUGACGGCGUUGAAGAGAUCUUUUGUUCUUCUCAUGAGAUGGUUAGUUCUGUAUUGCAGAAACUGCAGUGUGUCGCUACAGGAUCAGAGAGCAUUGUGAGCCCAGUAGAUUCAGAUGAUGAGGGCGCUGAUGCACAUCAGGACAACGCUGAAGUAAUGAAGCAGGUAGAUAAAACAGAAGACUGCGGUGAAGAAAGCAAAGACCCUCAACUUCAAGAUGCCAUUAAGAAGAUGAAAAAGUUAGACUGUAUUUUGGCAAAGAAACAGACCAAGGAGCGAAUGGUCAAGAAACUGGGACAAGAACUCAGGAAAAAGCUGUGGGAUGAACUUGAGUCCUCAAGACCUGUGGGAUGUUCAGAAAGUUCUGAAGAAGCAGUAAAUACUAGGCAGUUUAUGGCUUUAUCACCAAGCCAGUCUACUACUACUACUGAUGUACCAAGGGCCUUUGAAGAUGCCACCUUUGUUUCUGUAUUCCCCACACAGCUUCCAACAGAAGUAAGUGAAAUGGCAGAGAAACAGUCAGAAUAUAAUGUUAAGGACAAGGUAGAAGAAGCUGCUUCAUCAAGCAGUAGGACAGAUGAGGAGGACAACAGCAGCCAGUGCAGCAGUAGACACCACAAAAGGCAGAGAAAUAGCAAAAGACAGAAAAACUUUAUCAAAAGGAAUGUUCAGUUAGUGAAGAAUGCUGGGUGUUCAACAUUUCUGACAGAUGAUGAAAAACAGAGGCUUGCAGAACUGCUGGCAGAUAUUGAUGCUGAUGAUAGCAGAAACACUGAGCUUCCAGUUGCUGAAGAUUCCUCUUUGUGGGAUUUGCCCCUGUCUGCAGGGGAAGGCUAUACCCCAGAAUCUUCUGAACUACAGCAACUGGAAGAUAUUGAUCAAAAACUGAAAGCUAUCCUCCCCACUGAGGAUUUCCUUGCAGUGUGUAGCCCUUAUUCCAGCAUCUUAAAAGAGUUUCACGAUGGCAGCACUACAGAGGACCCUACCAAUGUUCACUUAUCAUCUUAUGUCUCUCUUGAAAACCUGCAUGAAGGCCACCCCCAUUUUAGCUCCAGCUCCUUGUUGUCACUUCCUUAACAUUGGGGUGUCACAUCUUUUUAUCACUAAAGCUCAGUUGCAUCUGUGCAUUCAGGAUGUCCAGAAGGACCUCGGUCAGCAUUUAACUCUCCAGCUGCCAGCAGCUGUAGUGUAGUUCUAGUAAUGCUUAUAGAGAUACAGAAGUAUAUCAAAAGUUUCGGUCUCGUACUGUAUACCAUUAUAAUAGCACUGCUGAUCCCAAGUUGAACCUACACAUUUAAAUGUAUUGCAGUGAAAUAAUUCUGAAUCUUGUAAUUACAUGGCAUUGGAAAGGACAUGAAGUCGGUACAGCUGACUUCAUAAGGAUGAACUUCUAAAACUGAAAUUCAUUAUGUCUGCUUUUUAACACAGCAUUAAAUCUGGUGUACAGUAGUAUCUGGAAAAAAUCCUGCAAGCCACACAUUAUUGUGACUGGCCUGCACUUUUAUGGCAUGUCCCACAGCCUAUUAUAAUUAUUAUUAAUCUAUUAUUAUAAUACUCAACAAAAUUACAUGUUGCUUAAUAUGACAUUAUAAAGUACUGUUUGUGAAAUUUUUAGAUUUUUUUUAAUUAUUCAUAUCCUUUAUUGUUUUAGUUUUAGAUGAAAUUCAUUGUAUUGCUUUAUUUUACUUGUUUCAUAUUUAAAAUGUGUAAUCUGUUUUGCUUUCUAAAUUACUUCUACAAAAUAUUUUUCAUUACUAAUUGUCAACACCAAAGAUUUGUCAUAAUUUGGAUCUAAUUUUUUUCCUGUUUGGAUACCUUAGCACUGUAAUAAACUUGACUUUAAUC